CCAUAGCGUGCUCCGUCUCUUGAGCUGUUAGUUUUAAGUGUAGCUGGUACUUCAGCUACCACCAAACUUCGAGUCUCAGCUGCCGUUAAACAUCAUGGAAGAUUCUCAGAGACAGCAAGAGCGGAUGAUACGACGCCACCUUCUUGAGAAGGAAGAGCUUCAGGCCCGCAUCCAGGGCAUGAAGAACUCGGUCCCCAAGAGCGACAAGAAGGGAAGAAAGCAGUUGCUCCUAGACGUGGCCCGCCUCGAGGCUGAGAUGGAGCAGAAGCACCGGCAGGAAAUGGAGAGGUUCCAAGAGAGUUGCCCUGAUAGCGGCAACCUCGAUUCCAUCACAGAAGAUCUUGCCAAGAUGGAUCUUGAGAACCAGCCUCCCAGCAUGUCGAGGGCACAGAAAAGGCGCGAAAGAAGGGCAGCCCUCCAGAGAGAGCGCCAGGGGAGCAUCGCCGAGGUGGAGAUGGAGCAUCUGGCCAGCUUCCGCCGUGAAGAGGAAGAGAAGCUCGCCGCCAUACUGGGACCCAAGAACCUGGAGAUGAAGGACAUCCCGGCCGACCGCCACUGCAUGUACCGCGCCAUCCAAGACCAGCUGGUGUUCUCCGUGACCGUGGAGAGCCUGCGGAACCGCACCGCCCUGUACAUGCGCAAGCACGUCGACGACUUUCUGCCCUUCUUCAGCGACCCCGAAACCGGCGACGCCUACAGCCGCGAUGACUUCUUGACCUACUGCGACGACAUCGUGCGCAAGUCGUUGUGGGGAAGCCAGCUGGAGCUGACGGCCCUCUCGCACGUCCUGCAGACCCCCAUCGAGGUGAUCCAGGCCGAAUCGCCCAUCAUCGUCAUUGGGAAGGAGUAUACCAAGAAGCCGCUCACCCUCGUCUACUUGCACUACACCUGUAACCUCGGGGAGCACUACAACUCGGUGAGGCCGCUGGAGGCUGGCGCCGUCGGGGGCGCGGCCCCGCGGCUCUUCUAGGCCCCCGCGCCAGCUGCUGUGGCCACUGGAGCCGGAGCCGAAGCCACCGCCGCACCUCCCCAGUAGGCUCCGUUUU